GAGAGGUUCUGUAAAUUCUGUUUGGUCCGUCUCCUAAAGAAGGCGCCGAGAGAAAUCAAUUCGUCGGCGCGUUUGGAGUUGGUAAAAUGUGCGAGGAGGCGGAGACAAUGGAGGAGAUACGACGGAUGAGUGGUUACGGCGGAGAUGUAAUAGCCGUCGGUGGGUUUCCGGCUUCGGAGUCGGAGUCGGAGUAUGAUUAUGGAUCGGAAUCUGAUUCGGAUUUGGCGGCGGCGGAGAUUAUGAUUGUAUGGGCUAUUCAAGGGCCAACUUCGUUUGCUCCCAACGCCUUAGUUUCCCAGUCUUCUCUUGAGCUCCGUCUUGACGCUUGUGGCCACUCACUCUCUAUUCUCCAGUCUCCUUGUUCACUGAGCACACCUGGAGUAACCGGGUCAGUGAUGUGGGACAGUGGAGUGGUGCUAGGAAAGUUCUUAGAACAUUCUGUCGACUCGAAGAAUCUUUCUCUUGAAGGCAAGAAAAUCGUUGAGUUGGGUUCUGGAUGUGGCUUGGUUGGUUGUAUUGCAGCACUUUUAGGAGGCAAUGUUGUCCUCACAGAUCUUCCAGAUAGACUCAGACUACUCAAGAAGAACAUCCAAACCAAUUUGCAUCGUGGGAACAUACGAGGAUCUGCCAUUGUGCAGGAGCUUGUUUGGGGAGAUGACCCGGAUCCAGAUUUGCUCGAACCAUUCCCUGAUUACGUAUUAGGCUCAGAUGUUAUAUACAGCGAAGAUGCUGUUCACCAUUUGAUCAAAACGCUUCUGCAACUUUGCGGAGAUCAAACUACAAUCUUCUUAGCAGGAGAGCUACGGAAUGAUGCUGUUCUUGAGUAUUUCUUAAAAUCUGCGCUGAAAGAUUUUGCGAUCGGGCGUGUGGAACAAACUCAAUGGCAUCCGGAUUAUUGCAGCCGUAGAGUAGUGCUUUACGUUCUAGAGAAGAAGUCCAAGAGAUGGCUCGCUGAUGACUCUUCGCUUAAUCAAUCGUGUUAGCCAUUGCGGUUUGUUUGUCGUCGUGUUCAUGAUGAUGUCAAACUUGGAAAUUGAUGUAAACACUUAGCGACAAGGACCUAUGUAUUACGUUUAAAACAGAAGCAAUAUUAUAUUUGAUUACAGGAAGGUGGGCACACCGCAGAAUUUAAACCAGAGGAAAGCUUUAUCAUGUUUCAAGGGUGGAUCAAUGGCCAACCUUUGUAAAAGUAUGUUUCUCUAUA